GAGUGCUGGCGAGUUGUGCACCUUUCCUUGCCGCAACAAGCAAGUCAGUUCGUCGUCGUUUGCCUUUCAUUGUGCACACACCCGUUUUCGUCGCUCCACAUACACCGUGCAUUCGCCGUCGCCGUUGACACAGCGAUUCUCAAGUCUGCUUCCUACCGCUUUCGCUCUUGUCGCUUGUAGGAAAACUGUAAAUUGUUGUGCGCUUAAACGUUAAGUAGUUGCGUAGAAAACCGUCUCCGGAGCAGUCGAACGCGUCUCAAAGUGUGAACUCAGGGAUCACGAGAUUAUGUUAAACACAAGCAAAUAAUACAAGAACAAACUGUGACAAAACAACAGUUCGAAAAUAAAAAUAAGAAUAUUUACAAAGUGCAGUGAAGAAGUGUAAAAUAAUUGAAUAGUUUUACUAAUAAAGAUGUGCUGAUAUCCACAAAAACAAGUGUGCUCCAGUAGUGUUAUACACCGUUAGUAUUUGAAAAACUAACAAAUCUAUCACAAAAACAAAAAACGAAAAAACUUCUAAUCCGGCAGCCGCUUUUAAGCGCUACUUCAUCAAAAUUAAUUUUUCUCACACAUCAUACGCCCAGGCUGCCAAAAUGCUUGUUGGCUCACAUCCAUACCUAUGCAACGGUGUAUUGCCGCCAACGGUACCCAAUGCGGCUGCUGCUGCUGCUGCCGCCGCCGCUGCGGCUGCCGCGGCCGUGGCUAAUUCGAAUGCCAACAGUCCCAGCCAGACCCAAACUACGGCUGGUAGUAAAAAUGCCGCCGGUUCAGCGACCGACUUCUCCAUAGCCGCGAUAAUGGCCAGGGAAGACGCCUCCAGCCGGGAGUCUUCCGUGCGCAGUGCAAGUCCCAUCUCCGUCGAGGAUGAAGUGGAUGUUGAUGUAGUUGAUUGCAGCGACUCCGAGGAGGCACCACCAGCGAAAGUGCGUCGCCUACACCACAACAACAGUCAUAGUAAUAGCCACAACCACAAUAACAACAACAGCAAUAGCCACAAUCACAAUAACAGCAGUUCAUCCCAACAUCAUCUGAACAGCAGCACAACCAGCAGUCAAGGACGCUCCACACCGCCACAAUCGCCUGGCUCCGACACGGAGGAGCGCCUCACACCCGAACCCGUACAGAAAACGCCAAAAAUCGUCGGCUCCUGCAACUGUGAUGAACUGAAGCCGGUGCAAUGUCACUUGGAGACAAAAGAAUUGUGGGAUCGCUUCCAUGAGUUGGGCACCGAGAUGAUUAUCACUAAAACCGGCAGGCGGAUGUUCCCCACUGUACGCGUUAGCUUCUCCGGUCCAUUGCGACAAAUCCAACCUGCCGACCGUUACGCCGUGCUACUCGAUAUCAUACCGAUGGACUCGAAACGUUAUCGCUAUGCGUACCAUCGCUCGGCUUGGCUGGUCGCCGGCAAGGCUGAUCCCGCACCGCCAGCUCGUCUCUACGCGCAUCCGGAUAGCCCGUUCAGCUGUGAGGCGUUGCGCAAACAGGUUAUCUCCUUCGAGAAGGUGAAACUGACUAAUAAUGAAAUGGAUAAGAAUGGACAGAUUGUUUUGAACUCAAUGCACCGCUAUCAACCACGCAUUCACUUGGUGCGCCUCAGUCAUGGCCAAAGCAUUCCCACAAAUCCCAAGGAAUUGCAGGAACUCGACCACAAAACCUACGUGUUUCCCGAGACCGUCUUCACCGCCGUCACCGCAUACCAAAAUCAGCUCAUCACCAAACUGAAAAUCGACUCGAAUCCCUUCGCCAAAGGUUUCCGCGAUUCGUCACGUCUCACCGACUUCGAUCGCGAUCCCAUGGAAGCUCUGUUGCUCGAACAGCAACUACGCUCACCGCUGCGUCUCUUCCCCGACCCGCUGAUGCAGCAAUUCGCCGCACAGCAAGGUGUCGAUCCCACCUCGAUGGCGAUUUUCGAGAAGGCCCGCCAGCAUCUGCAAAUGUUCGGCGGGAACUCGCCGUACGCUCAGCUGAUGAUGCCACAAAUGUAUGCACAGCAGGCGCCACCACCGCCCGGACUCGGCGCAUUCCACAUGUUCCAACAGCAAUGGCCCCAAUUGACGGCAGGCUUUCUGGCCAGCGCCAAUCAGCAAGCGGCCGCCGCUCAAGCUGCCGCCGUGCAGGCGCAAGCACAAGCGCAGGCACAAGCUCAGGCAGCCGCUGCAGCGGCGGCAGCCAACCGCACGCCACCACCACCACCGACGGCAUCGACACCAUCAUCCACCUCGUCGGGCGGUUCGCCAUCGCCCGAUAUGCGACCACGCCAGUUCCAACGCUUCAGCCCCUAUCAAGUGCCCCAACAACAACAACAGGCGAUGUCGAUGCCACCGCAAACACGCAGUCCACACAAUUAAAGUGGCACAAGAAAUCCGAUUUUUUUGUUGUUUGUUGUUAUUGACAUUGGUGUGCCGAAAUCAGUAUUAUGGGGAAAUCAACGGUGCAAGCCGCGGAAUACGCAAACUAGUAAAGGCGUUCGUUAAAUUAUUGUAUUGUAAUUUAUUAUUAGCAUUGUUUAAGUAGUUAAUUAGAAUUGAAAAAUUCGGUUUUUGUUGCUUUUGUGAGGGCGUGGCGGAGAAACUGUUUUUUAUGCGAAUGCAACACAACAACUUUCCGUGAGUUAUAACUGACAUUCAGCUGUAACUGUUAUAAAUCUGCCUCGUUGAAUCGGCUUUUGUAAAUUUUGUUUUUCAAAUCAUAUCAAGUCUCGGUCCACAUACAGUUCAGAUGGAUGGACGUGCUACCUUGUAAAUUAUAAUUUCCUUUUUAUUAUUGUCUAAGGCUAUUUGUAAGUUUGUGCAGAAUAUGUUGUUCGUUCAAAAACGUAUCUCAGUGUGUUUAGAAAUAUUUCAAUUAGUUGUAUUCAAAGAAAUAUUUAACAAAAAUGUAUAACUGAUUUACAGCUGCUUAACGGUAUUGUAACUACUACAAGUAUAGAGGUAUUGAGAGCUACUAAUUAAGUAAAUUAAAUUUAAUUGCUUAAUUGCAAGAAAUACAACAACAAAAAGUAAGCAAAGUGUUUAUGUGUAAAUUAUGUAAGCUUCUAAGUAAAUUAAAAUUAAUAAUAAUAGUAAUUCCUUAUAGAAAAAAUACAAAAACAUAUUUAAUUAAAUGUGGAUUAAAGCCCAUUCAAAACCAAAUC